AAGCAAACCAUUUGCUUGCUCGUCUUCCUCUUCCUGCCUCCAUCGCUCUCCGCUUUCUUCCCUCUUUUCCCUUUUUCUGUUAAAUCCCUAAUUUUCCAUAUCGAUCCCCUUUACAGGUUUAUCUCCUCUCUUCUACACAUUCUCCUUGACAUUCUGUGCCACAAUUAGCCCUUUUGUUUCCUGCAACUUGGAGCUCCAAGACUAGCCGGGGUAUUCUUUUUGGCUGCCGGCCACCUGAUUUCUUUUGCGGGGCUGUUUUUGGCCUCUGGGUUUUACUUUUCUCCGGCAGCCUUCAUUUCCUGCCUGUUUGUAUUGGAAUCUGCUACAUGGGUUCGGGUCGAAUAUUGUGUUUUUGGUCCAAUUAUUAUCUGGGUGUUUCUUAAACCCUUCUUCCUUGUCAGCUGGACGUGCUUCUCAACAGCCAUUUGAUCUUUUCUCCAGAUCAUGCCCUAUGAGUCCUCACUUGAUUCUGGGAUUCAUCAGUCCUUCCAGUUGGUCCUGAUCGGCCGAGAAAAAAAGAUCCAACUUUUCGAUAAACCCCUCAGCUGGUUUUGAUUACGAUGGAUUCGCCUUCCCCGAUCACGUUCGACAGCUCCCUGAACAAUGAAAUCACUCUGAGUUCCAACUCGAGGAGAAACGCUUCUUCCCAACAUUCCCGGGCUUCUCGAGCGGGCACCACUAGGGAAGUUGCUUUCAGUGAUUUAGGGGCUAAGCCUGUGUUGUAUGGAUCCAGGAGGGCGGAUCCAGAGGUGUAUAGUAUGUCUCAGAAAGAGAUUAAUGAAGAAGAUGCUAGGUUUGUCUAUAUUAACGAUUCUGUAAGCACGAAUGAUAAAUUCGAGUUUGCUAGGAACUCCAUUAGGACUGCAAAGUACUCUGUUAUUUCUUUCUUGCCUAGAAAUUUGUUUGAACAGUUCCAUAGAGUUGCAUACAUUUAUUUCCUCAUUAUAGCUGUCCUGAAUCAGUUUCCCCAGCUCGCCGUUUUUGGGCGGGGAGCUUCCAUUUUGCCACUUGCUUUUGUGCUAGUAGUUACAGCAGUUAAGGAUGCUUAUGAGGAUUGGAGAAGGCAUAGGGCAGAUAAGAUUGAGAACAAUAGAUUGGCGUGGGUUUUGGUGGAUGGUCAUUUCCAACAAAAGAGAUGGAAGGAUAUUCAGGUUGGUGAAAUAAUCAAGGUGGAAGCUAAUGAUACUCUUCCUUGUGAUAUGGUCUUGCUCUCCACCAGUGACCCUACUGGGGUUGCUUAUGUGCAGACCAUCAACUUGGAUGGAGAGUCAAAUUUGAAGACACGGUAUGCAAAGCAAGAGACCCUCUCAAAGAAUCCUGAGAAUGGAACGUUUACUGGGUUGAUCAAGUGUGAAAAGCCUAAUAGGAAUAUCUAUGGAUUCCAUGGAAACAUGGAGAUUGAUGGGAAGCGCCUGUCACUUGGACCUUCCAAUAUUAUCCUUCGGGGCUGUGACCUGAAGAAUACAGCUUCAAUUCUUGGGGUUGCUGUGUAUUGUGGAGCUGAGACCAAAGCUAUGCUGAAUAGCUCAGGAGCCCCUUCGAAGAGAAGCAGGCUUGAGACUCGCAUGAACUCAGAAAUCAUCAUACUCUCUCUUUUUCUUGUUGCCUUGUGUACAAUUGUAUCUGCAUGUGCUGCUGUAUGGUUGAGGCGGCACAGAGAUGAGUUAGACACCAUGCCCUUUUAUAGGAGAAAGGAUUACAAUGAAGUUGAGCCAGAGAACUAUAAUUAUUAUGGAUGGGGAAUGGAGAUAUUCUUCACAUUCCUCAUGGCAGUAAUUGUGUUCCAGAUCAUGAUUCCUAUUUCUUUGUACAUCUCUAUGGAGCUUGUUCGGGUUGGUCAGGCUUAUUUCAUGAUCCGAGAUGCCCAGAUGUAUGAUGAGGCAUCAAAUUCAAGAUUUCAGUGCCGGGCUUUGAAUAUAAAUGAGGAUUUAGGGCAGAUAAAGUAUGUGUUCUCAGACAAAACUGGGACACUCACAGAGAACAAGAUGGAGUUCCAGUGUGCAAGCAUAUGGGGAGUGGAUUACAGUGGUAGGAACGCUACCUUGGGCGAUGAACAAGCAGGACACUCUGUUCAAGUUGGUGGGGCAACUGUGAGUCCAAAGAUGAGGGUGAAAGUUGAUCCUAAGCUUCUACAAGUGUUAAGAGGUGGAAAGACGUCAGAGGAUUUUAAACAUAUCCGUGACUUUUUCCUUGCAUUAGCAGCUUGUAAUACAAUCGUGCCUCUCAUUCUUGACACAUCUGAUCCCAAUGUUAAGUUGAUGGAUUACCAAGGAGAAUCUCCUGAUGAACAAGCUCUGGCUUAUGCUGCUGCUGCAUAUGGUUUUAUGCUUAUAGAACGUACUUCCGGCCAUAUAGUUAUUGAUGUUCUGGGUGAAAGGCAAAGGUUCAUUGUUUUGGGUUUGCAUGAGUUUGACAGUGAUAGGAAGAGGAUGUCUGUCAUAUUAGGCUUCCCUGACAAGUCUGUCAAAAUCUUUGUAAAGGGUGCUGAUACAUCCAUGUUUACUGUUAUUGAUAAAGCUUCAAGCAUGGGCAUAAUCCGUGCUACUGAAGGCCAUCUUCACUCUUACUCCUCCCUUGGCCUGAGAACACUUGUCGUUGGGAUGCGUGAAUUGAGUGAUUCAGAAUUUGAGCAGUGGCAUUCUUCUUUUGAGGCUGCUAGUACUGCUUUGACUGGCCGCACUGCUUUGCUUCGGAAGGUUGCCACAAAUGUUGAAAACCAUCUAAGUUUGCUGGGUGCUUCUUCUAUUGAAGACAAACUUCAAGAAGGUGUUCCGGAAGCUAUUGAAGCACUGAGGACUGCAGCAAUUAAAGUCUGGGUUUUGACGGGGGAUAAACAAGAAACUGCCAUAUCGAUUGGCUAUUCUUCAAAGCUCUUGACGAACAAAAUGACGCAGUUUGUUGUCAACAGCAACUCCAAGGAGUCAUGUAGAAAGAGUUUAUCAGAUGCCUUGCUUGUAUGUAAGAAGCUCAGCAAUGUGUCCGGGACACCUGAUAAUGAAGAGAUUUCUGCAUCUUCUGGAAGUUUGGUUGCUUUGAUUAUUGAUGGAACCAGCCUUGUUUAUAUCCUUGAUAGUGAACUCGAAGAACAGCUCUUUGAACUCUCCAUCAAAUGUUCUGUGGUGCUUUGUUGUCGGGUGGCUCCAUUGCAAAAAGCUGGAAUUGUUGCCCUAGUGAAGAAUAGGACAGCUGACAUGACCCUUUCCAUUGGGGAUGGUGCAAAUGAUGUUUCAAUGAUCCAAAUGGCUGAUGUAGGAGUUGGAAUCAGUGGGCAGGAGGGUCGGCAAGCAGUAAUGGCAUCUGAUUUUGCCAUGGGGCAGUUUAGAUUCUUAGUUCCACUUUUGCUGGUCCACGGACAUUGGAAUUACCAGCGAAUGGGUUAUAUGAUAAUUUACAACUUCUACAGGAAUGCGAUUUUUGUUCUCGUCUUGUUUUGGUAUGUGCUCUUCACUGCUUUCACUUUGACGACAGCUAUUAACGAGUGGAACAGUGUGCUAUAUUCAGUAUUUUACACAGCAGUGCCAACUGUCAUUGUUGGUAUUCUUGACAAGGACUUGAGCCGGAAAACCCUACUCAAGUAUCCUCAGCUAUAUGGAGCUGGGCAAAGACGAGAAAAUUACAACUCAAAGUUGUUCUGGCUGACGAUGAUGGACACUCUGUGGCAAAGCGUGGUCAUUUUCUUCGGUCCUUUCUUUGCUUAUCGGAUUAGCACCAUUGAUGUAGCAAGUAUAGGGGAUCUCUGGACACUGGCAGUCGUCAUUGUGGUCAAUCUUCAUCUGGCAAUGGACAUCACCCGGUGGAAUUGGCUCAUGCAUGCAGCAAUAUGGGGAUCCAUUUUGGCAACUUUCAUCUCUAUAAUGACCAUUGAUGCCAUGCCUAAUUUACCUGGUUACUGGGCCAUUUUUGUAUAUGCAAAGACUAGAUUGUUCUGGCUUUGCCUGCUUGGUGUGGUUGUAGCCGCACUAAUUCCACGCUUUGUUGUAAAAAUACUGCAUCAAUACUGCUCACCUUGUGACAUCCAAAUUGCAAAGGAGGCGGAGAAGUUCAAACCGCUAAGUGGAGGUGUUGGAUCUGUAGAAGUAGAAAUGAGUGCCAUCUUGGGUCCUCCAAGGAGAUGAUGAUGACGACAUGGUAAUAUAUCAUUCCCCUUCAGAUGAUUCUCCUGUAUCUUUCGUUUUUUGUGUUAAAACAAACUCUCUUGUCCUCUCUCUCUCCGCCUCUUUCUCCCUCCUUCCUCUGUCUCUUCCCAUACCACCGGCCAAACAAGUAGCAAAGGCGACAACCAGAAGGGUUCCACCGCCGGCGAGCAGCUUCCCUUUCGUAAGACCACUACCCGUUGAUCGAUCCCGGGUGUUGGCCGCGGAGUUAACCAUUCCUCGUCGUUGCUACCGCUCUCCUCUCUACUCGCGAAAGACCAGUUGCUAGUAGUAGUGUUACUUUUUUUUAGUGUUAUCGGUCUAGUGGUAGUGUUAUCCGUCUAGCGAUAUAAUUAUCAGUCAGUCUAGUGGUAGUGUUAUCAGUCUAGUGGUAGUGAUACAUUUUUAGUCUAGUGGUUUAUUCAACAGUGAUAAUUUUUUUUCGGAGUGAUACUUUUUUUUUAAUGCACUGGUACUUUUUUUGCUAGGUGGCCGGAGGGAGCCCAUCGGAGGGAGAGAUAGGAGAAAGGGAAAGUGAGAGAUAGAGAGAAAAAAUUGUAAUUAAUGUAUAAUUGAAAUUAAAAACAAUAAUGUAAUUAAUAUGAGUUUUAAAUUCUCAAAAAUUCAAUUAAUACAAAAAAUUAUAAAUACCCAAAAUACUCUUGGCGCAAAGGGGUUGCGAAAAUGACAACCCUAAACGGUUGAGAUCGUAUCCAGUCCCUUCUUUAGGACUUGGUCAGAGUCUCCAGAGGAUUCACAUUGUUGGCUAUCCAAAGGAUAGGUGUUCAUACUCCAUUUUUAGGUGUUACAUACUGAAAAUUUUCUUCAUUGCUGUAUCUCCCCACUUGUCUAUUGUAAAUUAGUGUUAUUUACAGAGGAGGGAAUUAACAGAGUUAUAUACCACGAAAAAUAUUUCAUUUCUACUUAUAGUGUUGUACUAUUGUCUGGUGAGGUUUGCUUUGAUAUGCUUUGAUUGAUACAACGAUCUCAGUGGCGAGCCAUGCUGGUUCGGUCUAUCGUAGCAACCACUUCAGUCUCAGG